AGUGCGGACCGGGAUACCAGCCCGUUCCGAUCGAAACCGAGGGUGUGUGGUAUUUGCAGCAAAAGGGCCACAAAAAAUACCGAAAAGGGAUUCAAUCGAAUUGUUCUAGUGCCAACGGAAGAGCCUAAAACGAUGAGUCGGUGUUCGUUGCUAGCGGUGAUAGUGUUGCUAUCGAGUGUGGUCGUGCUAGUGGCCGGUUCGGGGAACGUGACGAACGUCAAGAGUGAUGUGGGCAGUGCGACAUACCUGGACGUAUUGCGAAGGAUAACGAGUCUGCAGGGUGCGGAUAUACGCAACAAUCUACGAUCACUACGUCAACUUGCCAUACAGCAUGGGCUGAUCAAAAGGAGUGAUAUGGCCGAAGAUACCGCUGCUGCUAGCGACGAGGAGCAGUCGGCGGAGGGAGAAGAAUCAUCGCUGGAAACAGAACCGGGUCAGGAUAUAACGGCCAUUGCUGAAGGUCGUAAGAAGGGUGGUGGCGGAGGCAGCAACAACAACAUUGUGGUGACGGGCGGAGGUGGCGGCCAUGACGACGGAUCGUACUCGAUCAGCAUCGAGGAAGGUGGUAACAAGAAGGGCAAGAAGGGUAAAAAGGGUAAAAAGGGCAAGAAGCAUCGCAAGCAGAAGCGAAAGGGAUGGAAAAAGCACAUGAAAAAGGCGGUCCCAAUUGGGAUGGGCAUUCUGGCACUGAAAGCAUUACUCUUGCACUUCGUUCUGAAGAAGCUGGUAAUGGCAACGGCCCUAUCUUUGUUGCUGAGCAAGAAGUCUCUGCUUGUGUCGUCGCUGAUUGCUUUGAAGCUGCUGCUACAACAGCCGCACAGUAGCGACAAGAGCGAAAGCAGCAAGCUGGAGGUGGUUCACAUUCCGAUCCGCAAGGAUGCCGGUUUCCACAAGAAGCACCAGCAGCAACAGGUACCGUCCGGCAAGAUGAAGCUACCACCGAUCGGUACGUCGGCCACGAGCACGACCAAGGCACCGAUCGCGCCCAGUCUGUCGCUGUUCGACUCGUACGCUGGCUCGUCACCGCACCAGAUCCAGCACACGCACCAGCAGAUGGCUGACUUCGGUGGCAAGUACAUCCCGCUCGGGUACGAGAGCAACCAUUUCCAUUUUGAUGCGACACCGUCGGUGGCUGCGUACGGCGAUGGGCUCAACUCGGUGCAGAACGUGGAACAGUUCUUUGACGAUGCGGACGAGCUGCAGUUCGAUCGGCAGGACAACGGGUGGGACGGUUGGAGCGGUUGGAAUCGGGGCGAGCGGUUCGAGCAGACGGGAGCAUCGGCCCCGGCCAGCGGUGUUGUAGCCAGCGGCAGUGAUGGUGGUGUAGCUGGCACUAACAACGACGCCACUGCUUACGCCGGCUGGGGUGGAACGGAAUAUGAGGUAGCACCAGAGCAGCAGCAGACGAGUUACGGCCCACCGAACCGCAGCCGGUACGGGGAAGUGUACGGUGGCUAUCGGCGGCCGAUGCAAUCCAACAACCCUCCCCGGCUACAGCAGCUGUUGGGCAGGAGAAAGCGAAAGUUCUAGUGUACGGGAGCAAAAGCAACCCGGAAAAGGCGAAGAAGCACAAGCGACGAACCUUCGAGAGGAGAAUCAAACAGACAGGGUGGAGGAGUUGGUUGAAAGAUAGGAGAUUGCACCACAUUGGGGAUAAAAGGUAAAAAAAACACGAAGAAGCUGAAAAUGAUGCAGCAUUUACGAGCGUUAAGCUUCAGAACUUUGAGAAUGAAAGAACGAAAAGAGAAGCAGAGACAAUAAAAAUCCAGAAAAAGGCGAAAGAAUUAUGAACGCGAUAGGCAGGGGAAAAACUUAAUUUCAUCAUGCUUUCGAAAACGUAGCAGUACAACAGAUCGAAACCAGAAACAUAACUAUUUUCGUUUAUUUUAUCUUUAGAGAUCCUACACUUUGAUCUUAGCCUUUAGGCCGAGAAGCGAUAUCUUUAGAGAUCCUUAAUCUGCGCUGAGUAACUUUGUAUUAACAUUAAAAUAUUUGAUUUAAAUGUCUCCUUUCUGUAUGAACACUUCUUCUUCAGGAUGUCAUGCUUAAAUUUAGCUUAUUUAGAUAGGAAACACAUGACAAUCUCACGAUCGCAGUUUUGCACCGAAAACAAAUGGGUGGAUAGAAAAUGGAAACUCUGAAGAAUUGCGCCACCACAGUAACCCACCGUAAUUUAUGAUUAUUUAUUUAUUUAUACCAUUAUAAGCUAGUAGCAUGCUUUGCAAGGCAGGUGCAGGUAAGGUUCGCGGGACCGGACAUAGGGGAAAGGGCUUGUGCAAUUCAAUACGAAUCUCGUAAGAGCGACACCAACUGUGUGUGUGCUCGUGUGUGUAUUAGGAAGGUUAGAGCAUCGUCAAUUAUGCUGUAGAGUGUGUCGAAUAAAUACAUUUGCUUACAGUUGCUCCAGUACGGAGGCAAC